CUUGUACCCGUAGUAAAUUUUCUGGUUUGUUACUUUGAACUCUUUUUACAAUUCUUAUUUGAUUGUUUUUUUUAAUCAAUCUAAAGUUUAGUGUUAUCAUGUUCUCAUGCUUUGCAAUAUGCAUAGUGCAUGGUUCAUUGCAUGUACUUUUCAGUUCUAGUAAUUGUGAUUAAUUUGACCAACUUUGAACCAUGGUGGGAGGAGGAAGUAAACAUGUUGGAGAAGGAAGUAAACCGAAGGCAAAAAUAGAUGAUGCGUAUGCAUAUCUUAGGGCUGUGAGGGCUAAAUUUCAUAAUGAUAGGAAAAAAUAUGAUGACUUUGUUACUGUCAUGAAUAAUUUUAAAGCUCGAAGAAUUGAUAGGGAUGGUUGCAUAAAAGAGGUGGAACAACUGCUUAAAGGACAUCGAGAUUUGAUUUCUGGCUUUAAUGCAUUCUUACCAAAGUGUUUGGAGAUCAAAAAUUAUUAUAUUGGGGCAGGAGAGGGUAGGUGAAUAUCUUGGGAUUUUUUCGUUCGUCUAAACCAAGUUUGGUUUAGAUAUGUACUUAGUCGAAAUAAUUAUUUGUGAUCCGUUCUCUUUCUUCAUCUAAUUUCCGUAAGAUUAUAAUGUUAGU